AUGGCUCCGUUGGGAACCCUGAACGUCUCCGACGACAUUCGUCUCGAGAAUCGCAUUUGCGAGGAGAAGUUCAACACAUUCAAUGUGCCCAUUUCGGUCAAGAAGCCCGAUUUUGAACUGCUCCAGCGGGUGGAAAGAGUCUGUGUAAUCCUGCUGCUCUUCGAGAUCCUCGCCACGCUCGUCAUCAUCAAUGUGACGUGGAACUGGUGCUGUGCUCUAUUCGUGAGUUUUGAAGCCUCCGAAGUCUUCAAAGUCUUUAAAAUGUUCAGUUGAUCCCGAUGCUGUUCCGUUGGGCGGCCUUUCCGACGUCUUCCUCAAUCACCCACUCCCUUCCCUCGUUCAUUCUUCUCCAUUCCAUGAUCAUCGCCGUGGAAGCCGCCGUCAUGAUCGCCUGGACCUAUGUCUCCGUUCUGGCGAUGGAAUGGAAGGAGAACUCCGAAUGGAUGGUUUUCCUUUUCGGUUUCAUGAGCGCCGGUGAGCACCUGAAAAGCUUCCUUUUCACUCCAAACUUUAUAUUUUCAGUUCUCAUCAUCCGUUUCUUUCUCGCCAUCGUUCAACAGAAACAGUACAAUCGCAUUUGGAUGAGCCACGUCCUCUCCGAGCGCAGCUACUUCUUCACCAUCGUUUGA